CCCCCCAACCCCGCCAUGUCCCGACUGCUGCCGCUGCUGCGGAGCCGGACCGCGAGCAGCCUGAGGCCGGGCCCGGCCGCCGCCGCCGCGCCCCGCCUGCCGUCCUGGUGCGGCUGCGGGCGGGGGCUGCUGGCGAUCGCGUUCCCCGGACGCUCCCCCGGCGGCCCCCGGGGCCUGGGCACGCACCCCAAGGAGCCCAUGGAGGCGCUGAACACGGCGCAGGGCGCGCGCGACUUCAUCUACAGCCUGCACUCCACCGAGAGGAGCUGCCUGCUCAAGGAGCUGCACCGCUUCGAGUCCAUUGCCAUCGCCCAAGAAAAAUUGGAAGCUGCGCCACCCACCCCAGAACAGCUGAGAUACGUAUUCAUCCACAAUGCGAUACCUUUCGUAGGGUUUGGCUUUUUGGAUAAUGCAAUUAUGAUUGUUGCAGGAACCCAUAUUGAAAUGUCUAUUGGAAUUAUUUUGGGAAUUUCAACUAUGGCAGCUGCUGCUUUGGGAAAUCUUGUGUCAGAUUUAGCUGGUCUUGGACUUGCAGGCUACGUCGAAGCUUUGGCUGCCAGGUUAGGACUAUCAAUUCCUGAUCUCACACCAAAGCAGGUUGACAUGUGGCAAACGCGUGUUAGUACACAUUUGGGCAAAGCUGUUGGGGUGACUAUUGGCUGCAUUCUAGGAAUGUUUCCUUUGAUUUUCUUGGGAGUAGGUGAAGAAGAUGAAAAACUGGAAAAGAAAAAUUAACCCUCGUAGAGUACCUAUAAAAGAUGUAAACUAAUGUACCUCAAUGAUUAAAUAUGCUGUCACAACAUUUAGGAAUUAAGACAGUAACAGUGUAUAGAUAUGGGAUCAAAUAAUUCAGCAUGUAUUAUGGAAAACACUAACUUAUUGUGGCUUGGUUUUCUUAGGACAUCUUUUUAAAAAAACUGUUUAGUAUCAUUUUGUGUAAAUUGUUGAAGUGCUUUUUCAUCAACGGCAGUCAACAUUUUAUCUUUUCCUUCUCUUUCUUUAUAUAUCCAAAUAUCAUUUAUCAGUCAUUGAUGUAUUGUACUGACUUGGGGUUUGCUUAUUUGUUACGUAAUGUGUAUAUGCAUGAAAACAUUUUCUGUUGUUGUGUUCCCUAUAGUUACAAUUCAACCUUAAGAUUUUUCCAAAUUACAUAAGCUAUUUGUUGUCAGUUGAAGAUUUUUUACUCGCUUUCUGGCAACAUCAAUUUUGUACUGUUUCACAGAAAACAUUCAUAAUCAUAUAAUUUCGGUCACUUUUAUUUACUCCCACAUCUAUUCAAAACAGAUGCAGACUUUAAGUAUUUUAAGUUUCUGUUACUCAUUCUAAUUUCUUGUCUCAAGUGCCAGAGGUCAAUCAGAAUGAGCAGUUAUGUGGUCUUCGUACUACAUAAAACCAUAUAUCUUUUUUAAAAAAAAUAUAUUCCAUUGAUCUUCCACAGAGAGGAAGGGAGAGGGACAGAGAGUCAGAAACAUCGACGAGAGAGAAACAUCGAUCAGCUGCCUCCUGCACACCCCCGACUGGGAAUGUGCCCGCAACCAAGGUACAUGCCCUUAACCGGAAUCGAACCUGGGGCCCUUCAGUCCAAAGGCCGACGCUCUAUCCACUAAGCCAAACCGGUUAGGGCAACCAUAUAUCUUAAGUAUAUUAUUUCGAAUGGAUUGUUUUACUUUUAAUUUCUCAAUUUUGCAUCAUUACAUGGUGAUUUUUGACUAAUGAGAGGAAGAAAAUUAUUAUUGUGGGUUCUUUUCGAUGGUGAUUAUGGAAUUAGAGUGAACUAAGGGGUUUGACAUGACACUUGAAAAUUAAGAGGCUAAAUAAAUUUUUUUAGAGAAAUAGAAAAUGGGAACUGCCAAGAAGGUUUAUGGGAUAAGUGGUGAAGCUGAAAGGAUGUUUGUAAGGUUAAUGAGAUACAAGUUAUAUUGUACAGGAAGGAUUUGUUCCCUCCAAAAUGUCUUUUGAUCUGAAUUAAAUGAGUCUGAGUACUUCCUAUUCAUAA